GACAGUGUAACCUCACAGCUCUUAACAGUUCUAAGGAAAGGGAUGCUUACUCAGGAUGUCCAGCAUGAUAAGCUUGUUGAGUUUUGUGUAACUAUAGCUGAACAUAAUCUUGAUUUUGCCAUGAAUCACAUGAUACUAGAAUUGCUCAAACAAGACAGCCUUAGUGAAGCAAAGGUUAUUGGUCUUCGUGCUUUGCUUGCCAUUGUCAUGCUGCCUUCUGGUCAGCACGUGGGUUUGGAUAUUUUUAAAGGUCAUGAUAUUGGCCACUACAUUCCAAAAGUGAAAGCUGCCAUUGAGUCAAUACUGAGGUCAUGUCAUAGAACAUACAGUCAAGCACUGUUGACAUCUUCAAAGACCACAAUAGAUGCUGUAACCAAGGAAAGGUCACAAGGGUAUCUAUUCCGUUCUGUGUUAAAGUGCAUCCCAUAUCUAAUAGAAGAAGUUGGACGAAGUGAUAAAAUCACUGAAAUAAUUCCCCAACAUGGCAUAAGCAUUGACCCUGGUGUUCGUGAGGAAGCAGUACAAGUACUAAAUCGUAUUGUGAAAUACCUACCCCAUCGUCGUUUUGCAGUAAUGAAAGGAAUGGCCAACUUUAUAUUACGACUUCCAGAUGAGUUCCCUCUUCUCAUUCAAACAUCACUAGGACGUCUACUGGAACUAAUGCGCUUUUGGAGAUCCUGUCUAAUAGAUGAUAGAAUGCAAUAUGAUGCUCAAGAUGCAAGACCUUUGGGGCAUGAAGCUGAGAGAUUUAGAAAGUCUUCCUUCCAACAAAUGGGAGAAGCAAUCGAAUUUCGUGCAUCAGAAAUUGAUGCAGUUGGUCUAAUUUUCCUUGCAUCUGUUGAUAGUCAAAUCAGGCAUACAGCAUUAGAAUUAUUGCGAUGUGUCCGGGCCUUGAGAAAUGAUAUUAGGGACCUGAGGAUUGAGCAACCAAAUCAUCUUCUGAAAUAUGAAGCUGAACCAAUAUUUAUUAUUGAUGUUCUAGAAGAACAUGGGGAUGAGAUUGUCCAGAACUGCUACUGGGACUCAGGGCGACCUUUUGAUUUGAGAAGAGAAUCUGAUGCCAUUCCUCCUGAAAUGACACUUCAAUCUAUAAUAUUUGAGAGCCCUGAUAAGAACAGGUGGGCUCGGUGUCUUAGUGAGCUUGUCAAAUAUGCUGCCGAGCUUUGUCCAAGCUCUGUCCAGGAAGCAAAGGUAGAGGUUAUGCAACGCCUUGCUCAUAUUACCCCAGUUGAGUUGGGUGGGAAGGCUCAUCCAUCACAGGAUGCUGAUAAUAAACUGGACCAGUGGCUCAUGUAUGCCAUGUUUGUCUGUUCAUGUCCACCAGCUGCUCGAGAAUCUGGUGGAACUUUAGUAACCAAAGAACUCUGCCAUCUUAUUUUCCCUUCAUUGAAAUCUGGAUCUGAUGCACAUGUUCAUGCAGCCACCAUGGCUCUUGGCCACUCGCACCUGGAAGCAUGUGAAAUCAUGUUUGCUGAACUUACAUCUUUUAUUGAAGAGGUUUCUUCAGAGACAGAAGGAAAACCCAAGUGGAAGAGUCAAAAGUCUCGCCGUGAAGAACUCCGUAUCCACAUUGCAAACAUAUACCGUACUGUUGCUGAAAACAUAUGGCCAGGCAUGCUUGCCCGCAAGCCAAUUUUCCGUCUCCAUUAUCUUAAAUUCAUUGAUGAAACAGCUAGACUGUUCUCAACAGCCCCUCCGGAGAAUUUUCAAGAUAUGCAGCCCCUCCGCUAUGCACUUGCUUGUGUUCUAAGAUCAUUAGCCCCAGAGCUUGUUGAUUCAAAAUCAGAAAAAUUUGACGUUAGAACUAGAAAGAGACUAUUUGAUCUUCUACUCUCCUGGUCCGAUGAUACAGGCAGCACCUGGGGUCAAGACAGUGUUAGUGAUUAUCGACGUGAGGUUGAUAGAUACAAGUCUUCUCAACAUGCCCGCUCAAAAGAUUCAGUGGACAAAAUAUCAUUUGACAAAGAAUUGAAUGAACAGGUUGAGGCUAUCCAGUGGGCAUCCAUGAAUGCGAUAGCAUCACUUUUAUAUGGACCAUGCUUUGAUGACAAUGCAAGGAAAAUGAGUGGUCGUGUGAUAUCUUGGAUUAAUAGUUUGUUCAUAGAGCCUGCCCCCAGGGCUCCCUUUGGUUACUCACCUGCUGAUCCACGAACUCCAUCAUAUUCAUACUCCAAACACAUGGGAGAUGGUGGCCGUGGAACUGCUGGUCGUGAUAGGCAUAGGGGUGGCCAUCAUCGUGUUUCUUUGGCGAAAUUGGCUUUGAAGAAUCUUUUGCUCACAAAUCUGGAUCUUUUUCCUGCUUGCAUUGAUCAGUGCUAUUACUCCGAUUCUGCUAUAGCUGAUGGCUACUUCAGUGUUCUAGCUGAGGUAUAUAUGCGCCAAGAGAUACCAAAUUGUGAGAUACAGAGACUCUUGAGCCUGAUCCUUUACAAGGUGGUGGAUCCAUCAAGACAGAUCCGUGAUGAUGCCCUUCAGAUGCUGGAGACUCUCUCUGUUCGUGAAUGGGCUGAUGAUGUUAUUGAGGGCUCAGGAAGUUAUCGUGCUGCUGUUGUUGGUAACCUUCCUGACUCCUACCAACAAUUCCAAUACAAGCUUUCCUGCAAACUUGCCAAAGAUCAUCCUGAACUCAGCCAGCUUCUUUGUGAGGAGAUCAUGCAGAGGCAAUUAGAUGCAGUGGAUAUAAUUGCUCAGCAUCAGGUCUUAACUUGCAUGGCUCCAUGGAUAGAGAACCUUAACUUCUGGAAACUCAAGGAAGGCUGGAGUGAAAGACUAUUGAAAAGUCUUUACUAUGUGACUUGGAGGCAUGGAGACCAGUUCCCUGAUGAAAUUGAGAAAUUAUGGAGUACCAUUGCUAGCAAAAACAGGAACAUUAGUCCUGUUCUGGAUUUCUUAAUCACAAAAGGCAUUGAAGAUUGUGAUUCAAAUGCAUCAACUGAAAUAAGUGGUGCAUUUGCCACAUAUUUCUCUGUUGCAAAGCGAGUAAGUCUAUAUUUAGCUCGAAUAUGUCCUCAGCGCACUAUAGAUCACCUAGUUUUCCAAUUAUCUCAGCGGCUGCUAGAGGAUAGCAUUGAGCCAAUUGGGCCAAGUGCAAGUAAGGGUGAUGCUACUGCAAACUUCGUGUUAGAGUUUUCACAGGGUCCUGCCAUGGCUCAGAUGGCAUCUGUUGUGGAUAACCAGCCACAUAUGUCCCCUUUGCUUGUGAGAGGUUCUCUUGAUGGUCCACUUAGGAAUGUAAGUGGCAGCUUAAGCUGGAGAACAGCUGGGAUGACUGGACGGAGUGUUUCGGGUCCACUAAGUCCAAUGCCUCCAGAGUUGAACGUCGUGCCAGUAAAUACAGGGCGAUCUGGUCAGCUCCUUCCAUCGCUGGUUAACAUGUCUGGACCCUUGAUGGGUGUCAAAAGUUCAGCAGGGAGCUUAAGGAGCCGCCAUGUUUCACGGGACAGUGGAGAUUACCUUGUUGACACACCAAACUCAGGUGAAGAUGGAUUGCAUGGUGGGGGUGCCAUGCAUGGUGUGAAUGCAAAGGAACUUCAAUCGGCCUUGCAGGGUCAUCAGCAGCAUUCCCUGACACAUGCAGAUAUAGCUCUGAUUCUACUUGCUGAAAUUGCAUAUGAGAAUGAUGAAGACUUCCGGCAAUACUUGCCUCUACUCUUUCAUGUCAUAUUUGUUUCUAUGGAUAGCUCAGAAGACAUAGUAUUAGAACACUGCCAGCAUUUGCUUGUUAAUUUGUUAUAUUCACUUGCUGGCCGUCACUUGGAACAGUAUGAGGUGGAAAAUAGUGAGAGGGAGAACAAGCAGCAGGUUGUAAGCUUGAUUAAAUAUGUACAAUCAAAGCGGGGAAGCAUGAUGUGGGAGAAUGAGGAUCCCACAGUUGUAAGAACUGAGCUACCAAGUGCUGCUCUUCUUUCUGCUUUAGUUCAGAGCAUGGUGGAUGCUAUCUUCUUCCAAGGGGACCUUCGGGAAACUUGGGGGGAAGAAGCUUUGAGAUGGGCUAUGGAGUGCACAUCAAGACACCUUGCCUGCCGUUCCCACCAGAUCUACCGAGCCCUUCGACCUAGUGUAACAAGUGAUGCUUGUGUAUCACUUCUUCGGUGCCUUCAUAGGUGUCUAGGAAACCCAGUGCCUCAAGUAUUGGGAUUUAUUAUGGAAAUUCUAAUGACAUUGCAAGUUAUGGUGGAGAAUAUGGAGCCAGAAAAGGUGAUACUGUAUCCUCAGCUAUUUUGGGGAUGUGUUGCUAUGAUGCAUACAGAUUUUGUGCAUGUCUACCGCCAGGUUCUUGAGCUUUUCUCUCAUGUGAUUGACCGGCUAUCAUUUCGUGAGCGAACAACAGAAAAUGUGCUCCUUUCAAGCAUGCCUCGUGAUGAACUUGAUAAUAGUGAUCUGGGAGAAUUUCAACGUACAGAAUCCAGAAGUGGCUUUGAACUUCUGCAAGAAGGGCAUCUGCCACCAUUUGAAGGAGUGCAGCCUCUUGUUCUUAAAGGACUUAUGUCCACUGUCAGUCAUAGUGUUUCCGUUGAUGUCCUUUCACGUAUUACCGUGCAUUCAUGUGACUCUAUAUUUGGGGAUGCUGAGACAAGACUCCUGAUGCACAUUAUUGGAUUACUCCCUUGGCUCUGCCUUCAGCUCAGUAAAGAUCCAGUGAUAGGUCCAGCUUCACCUCUCCAACAUCAAUAUCAAAAAGCAUGCUCUGUUGCAACCAAUAUUGCAAUUUGGUGCCGAGCAAAAUCGUUGGAUGAAUUGGCCACAGUGUUUGUGGCUUACUCCCGAGGUGAGAUCAAGAGCAUAGAUAAUUUCCUGGCGUGUGUUUCCCCACUACUGUGCAAUGAGUGGUUCCCAAAACAUUCAGCUUUGGCUUUUGGGCACUUGUUGAGACUACUGGAAAAGGGGCCAGUUGAGUAUCAACGGGUCAUUCUGCUCAUGCUCAAAGCUCUCCUUCAGCAUACUCCAAUGGAUGCUGCGCAAAGUCCACAUAUGUACGCAAUUGUAUCUCAGUUGGUGGAAAGCACGUUGUGUUGGGAAGCACUAAGUGUCUUAGAAGCCCUUCUACAGAGUUGCAGUUCAUUGACUGGUUCUCAUUCACACGAUGCUGUGUCAUUUGAGAAUGGUAUCAGUGGACCUGACGAAAAGUCGCUUGCUUCCCAGACCUCAUUUAAGGUCCGCAGUGGCCCUUUGCAAUAUGGGAUGGGAUCAGGAUUUGGAGCAGUUUCUGCGCCAACACAGGGUGGGAUAACCGAGUCUGGGACCUCACCAAGAGAGAUGGCUCUGCAGAAUACUCGCCUGAUUCUUGGUCGGGUACUUAAUAACUGUGCUCUAGGUAGGAGAAAGGACCAGAAGAAAUUGGUGCCUUUCGUGGCCAAUGUAGGGAACCCAUGAAUGCAAAAUUUCAUGAUUUUGUGUAUAUAUUGUUGAAAGAUGCAGUAGGAUUGUUUUAGGAGAGUUUGAAGCUGUACAUAGGAUUUUAAAGACAGUAGUAUCACAGUUUUGUAG